CCGCUGCCGGGAGCGCUGGGCCCGGGCAGCCGCCGCGCCUGCAGCUCUCGGCGGGGCCAUGCGGAUGGCGGUCAGUGCGGCAGCGGGCGAGGGGGCAGCGCAGAGCCCCGGCCCCGCCGCCGUGUCGCUGGGCUUGAGCGUGGCCGUGGUCUCCAGCCUGGUGAACGGCUCUACCUUCGUCCUGCAGAAGAAGGGGAUCGUGCGGGCCCGCGGGAGAGGUACUUCAUACUUAACUGAUAUAGUAUGGUGGUCGGGCACUAUUGCAAUGGCACUGGGUCAAAUAGGGAAUUUCUUGGCCUACACUGCAGUCCCAACAGUGCUAGUGACACCCUUGGGAGCUCUUGGUGUUCCAUUUGGGUCCAUCUUAGCUUCUUACCUGCUGAAAGAGAAACUGAACAUUCUUGGCAAGCUGGGAUGUUUGCUGAGCUGUGCUGGGUCUGUUGUUCUCAUUAUCCAUUCCCCGAAGUCUGAGAGUGUAACGACUCAGGCUGAGCUUGAAGAGAAGCUUACAAAUCCAGUUUUCGUGGGUUAUCUCUGCAUAGUGCUGCUAAUGCUUCUGCUGCUUAUCUUCUGGAUAGCUCCAGCUCAUGGACCUACCAAUAUUAUGGUUUACAUCAGUAUUUGCUCUCUGUUGGGCAGUUUCACUGUUCCCAGCACAAAAGGCAUUGGGCUGGCUGCUCAAGAUAUCUUUCACAAUAACCCAUCAAGUCAAAGGGCUCUGUACCUCUGUCUGGUACUUCUAGCAGUAUUAGGAUGUAGCAUUAUCAUUCAGUUCAGAUACAUCAAUAAGGCACUGGAGUGUUUUGACUCCUCUGUGUUUGGUGCCAUUUACUACGUUGUGUUUACUACCCUAGUCCUGCUGGCUUCAGCCAUCCUUUUCAGGGAAUGGAGUAAUGUAGGAGUUGUGGAUUUUUUGGGCAUGGCUUGUGGAUUCACUACAGUAUCUAUUGGAAUUGUUCUUAUACAAGUCUUCAAGGAAUUCAACUUCAAUAUUGGAGAUUUAAACAAACCUAACAUGAAGACAGAUUAAAAUAUUUUUGAGAGGAAACUGGAUGGCUCAGGGAAGGAUGCAGAGCUGUUCAUUUCUAGGUCACUGUUUCAAAUAGGAUUCAGGUUGAUAACUACCCUGUGACAAUUUGGUGGCCUAUGUGAAAUGAAUUGCAGGCCUCCAUCCAGUUUCAAAGGAACAGCUGUCCCAUGUAACCCAGUCAACACAAUAAAUGACCUUAAUUGGAAUUACUGAUUGAGUCAGCAUAGAGACCGAUGUAUUUCCUCACUGUAAAAGGUAGUCACAAAAGAUCAGUGAAUAGUCUGACAGACUUGUGUGAAAGCUUGUAUUAUGUCUUCUGAGGUACCAUUUCUGUGGGCAGAGGACAUCAGUUUCUAAUGCACUCAAUCUGAUACCUUUCAUCAUAAGUGAUGUAUACCUUAAAAUAAGGGGGUGAAAGUAAGUGGAACAAUUUGUGAAUCUCAGUAUAGCAAUGUCUUCACCAUCAAGGCUGUGAAUUCUCAGACAAAUGUUGGUUGGAUCAUGGACUGCAGAUUUGUUCUUUUUAGUGACUGUCUUGGCAACUUUUUCUGCCAUGCGGUGAAGACAUGGGAGUUUUAAAUUGAAUUCUUUAUACAGAGAGUGGACCCUUAAAUAUCUUUUUCACUAAUUACUUAUCAGCUCAUAGUAGUGUCCAGGUAUGCAUUUUUCUUUGUAACUUACAUACAUUAAGACAUACUGCAUUCAUCUGAGAGUUUUUAAUUGGGAACAAGUAGAAAGACUGUGAAGGAUGUGGAAAUGAUGCACAGACUGAUUGCCUACAUGGUGGCUUAUGUGUAAGCAGCUCAGAACUGUUUCAGUGCCUUUGCAAUCAAAAAAUACUGCAUAAUUGUGAAUGUAUUCAUUUCAGAUGGCCUAUACUGGUCUAAUAGUUCAAUUUCACUGUCUACAGUAUUGGACUGUAUUCAAAUUCUAAACAUAUAAAGCAUCUAGAAGGACCGUAUGUUUUUGGAAAAAUUUACAAACGUGAACAGAAACCCCUGGAUACCUUGACAGCUUCUGAGAAACUCAUAGUCCUAAUGGGAAGAGGAGUGUUGGAAUCAGUCCAGCAUACCUUUAUUUUAGUUUAAUGACUAAAAUAGAGACCACUGUGUGAAACCACUAAUAAAUAGGGACCACAAAAAAGAAAUUUAAGAGAGAAGAGCAUGAGAUUUCUCAUAGCUCAAAAAAGAUGGUCUGAUGUUCUUAUAAUGUGGGAAAAGGAGGUUAAAAACUGACAAAACUGAAGCAUUCAGAGAGCUGAGUUUUAGGUAACUGACAGGGACAUACAUUCAAAUCAGUAAUUCAUAGACUUGUAUGAACAGUUCAGCUGUAAUAUUUUGACAAGCAGUACCGACAGCUUAAGCUGUGAUGGAGAUGACUCCAAACAGCUCAGUUUAAACCAUUUAGAGAAUAUUGAUAUGUUAAAGAAUGAAAUAAUUAAUUUCAUGUUCUACUUACAUUUGGUAGUGAAAACAUCAUGAGUCAAAAAGUUUGAAAGCAUGAAAAGCAAUGGAUGUUUGUUUCCAUGUAAGUACAAAAAUGGAAGAGUACAGUGGAACUCAACAUUUCUAGAUCAGAACGUCUCCUAAGAAAACAAAAUCCCGAUGUAAUUAUAAGACAGUAUUUGAGAAAAUUCACAACACUUUAUCAAGAAAUCAUGAAUGUACCUUUGUAGCUGCCUGACAGGAACAUGGACGUUGAUUAGUGGGGAGUAAUGUGUCCGCUCUUGUGAUGUUUUUUGUUGACCUGAAUUGAGGUCUCCUUGAAACUCAGCCUCUGUUUUCAUUUAAAAUGGAUGUUGUAAGCCCCACUAAUGGCAGCAAUAAUUGCAAAAGAGAAUCCAAAAGAUUUCGUGUUCUGAAGGGACUGUUGUGAGGGAGUAAGAGCCCUACUAUGUUAUUUGCAAGCUUGUUUUAAAUGCAGGGGAAUGGCUCUGAGUUGGCAGAAAUGUGCAUUGUUACAGUAACUGGGUGUGUUAAUGAAAUAGAGUAGCACUAGCAGGGAAAAGACCAUCAUUUUCAAAUAUUGUGCAAGGUUUUUAGAAAGUUUGAGAAUUGUAGAUGAGUGUGACUGGGCUAUGUAAUCUGGUUAAGGUAACCUCUGUCCAUUAUUGACUGGAAGAUGGUAUCUUGGUUCUCAGCAAACUCUUAUAUUUUGUUAUAUUAAUUCCCUUUUUUUUUUAAUUGAACUUGGAAAAGUAGGUUAGUACAGGUUACAAGACCUGUACUACCCAACUUUUUAAAACAAUGUUAUCUGUUUUCUGAAGCAAUCAAGUUGUCUUCUUAAAAUUCAGCUUCAGAGUUCAUGAGUUGUAUGUUGGUUUUGUAUUAGCCUUUAAUCUCUGAAGACUUCUAUGAAAAUCUUUAGGUCAGAAUGGAAAUUAUUGUGGUCUCAUUCCUCCUUUGGCCAUAUAUGUUUGUCUUGGUUUUAAAAUUAAUUCUUAAUUAUUUAUGAAGUGCCUGUCCUAGUAUGUUAGAAGCAUAUGCAAAUUAUUAGUGAAUAUUUGAUUCAAAUUAACUUGAUGGCCCUGUCUAAACCUUGACAUUUUCUGCACCACACGAAGUUUACUUGGUAAGUGCUCACUAUGCAGAGGAAGACUAAAGUAGCAACCAUGUUCUGUGAUCCUCUGACAGUCAUAACCACUGAGAAAUGUCAGCAUAGUUUUCUUCUCCCCAGCUGCUCCUCAUCUGUGAUGAGCUUUCUAAAAAUGUGUAAUUAACCUUGAUUAUUAAAACCAAGAUGUCAAAAGCCAGCACAUAAGGUGAAAUAAAUUCUUGUGGCCUUGCACAUCAUUUGUAUCUGCAGCCUUUUACUUCUUGAAUGCUAAGUAACUGAAAGCUUUAUUUUUGCUACUUUGUUCAGUGUGUAGCAGUGUUCUUUCAAGUUCUGCUGUACCUGGAUCUGGUUCAGUUCUAACUUUAGAAACACAUUAACAUUUUCUGUUGUCACUGUUGAUGUGAUUCUUUCCCCCUCCAUCCCACACCCUCCUCUUUCUAGGUGUCCUACCUUUUUUUAGUCCCAUUGCUUUUCUGAUUUAAAAGGAGGCACUGUUGAAGUUUAAUUUUAGCUGUUCCCCCUUGUUUUUCCCCACCCCUUUGACAAGCACUUUGAAUAAGACAGAUAUCUAGAGUUCCAUCAUCUCAGGGAGCAAAUGUGCAUAGUUGUCUCCUGAGCUCUGGCAUCCCUCGUGGGUCUGCCCCUUCUCAUGUUCUCCUUGUGUUAUAUGCAUUGAUAGCUGCAAGCCAGAUGACUUCAGAUUCCAAAGUAGAAGUGGGAGAGGCUAGGGAUCCAAAGUGGACUCAUUACAGUGGUGGAAUGCAAAUCCAUACAAAAAGCACUUCACUCCGUAUGUCUGACUUCAAUAAUACUUGUCAAACAUAUUUACUAGGUACUCACUUGAGGAUAGCUCUUUGAUCAUUAUCCCUUCAGUGUAUGGAGGAUUUGCAUUUGUCAGUCACAAUCUCUAUUAGGUGUCAAACAUAAAAAUCCCUCAAAUGUUCAGUAGGAGAAUAGAAACCUUUUUGAUACAACCAAAAAAACACAUUUGUUACACCUUAAAAUACUUCUGUAAAAAAGAAAAAUAUCUAAACAAGUUAUCUGCUGUAUUGACUUUCCAGGAUUCUAUAUGUGUAAAUAGAGUCUAUUUAUUAGUGAGCUGCAACUAACAUUAAUAAGAACCUGUCAUAUCAGUUGGACAAGUGAGGCUUCCUAUUGAUAAUAUUGAUUUAUGUCAGAACAUAGGUGUUUUUCUGAAGUAAUUAGCACUGAAAAAUCAAAACACUGGAUUAAGCUGUUGAAAUACUAGAAAGUGAGGUUUAGCUUUCAUUUUAUUUAAAAAAAUGCACAGUUUGUAUUUGAAGAAAUUUGGGGUUAAUAAAUAGGGGAUGUUUUAAAUGGGAAGUUGUUUGCACAUUGUAGCCCCCCUCACAUUAUUGUUUCAUAAAUAUAAGACAUCAAGGAUUCUACAGAUAUUCUGUGGUUGUCUUGAGAUGGUGUAACUGCUGUUAAAUCAAGCAUUAUCAAAUGUUUAUCUGUCUCCUGUUAUCUUUGUAAUAAUUCUUUGGUGCUAUCUGUGGGCUUACAGAAUGCAGAAUUUUAAUGUGUACUGUGUUAGGCACCAAUGUUGUCAACAGUUUCAUUACUAGUGCCCAAGUGUAUCAGACAGCAAUGUUGAAAUGUUAGGGAUUAAGAAAUUUCUUUUUAAAAGUUGCAAAUAAGUUUGCAGUUCCUUUAUUGUUUGUGGUUGUGUUGGGUCCUUCCAUGUCCACAUCCCUCCCCAGACAGUUGCUCUAUAGAGUGGAAAAUAUUACACAAAAGGGGUAUUUUUAAGUCUGUUUUUUUUAACUGUGGAACUUUCUUUUUUCUUUUUUUUUUUAAAUAUAUUUUUUUCCUGGAAUGUAAAAAGUAAUUCUAAUGGGAUAUAGGGAAAAGGUAGUUGGCAACAAAAAUACAAUGUCAGGUUUGGUUGCUUCAAUGCUCUUGCAAUAUAGUUACUACAGAUUACAUGAAAACGGUUUAUUUUAUUAGCUUCCAAAUAAUGUAUAUAUAAAUUUGUUAAUGGCUUACAAGUCAAGCUUACUCUCUUUGCUUUUAAAAAAUAGUUAUAGGCAUGUUGUAUUUGCCUUGUGUAAAUUAUAAAAGGCUAUUUAUUAAGUUUUCUGAUAACUAAUCUAUUUAUUAACCUGUAUUGUUUUAAAAUAAAUGAUUUAUUUCUAGCUCAA